AAGACUAAAGAAUCCUGUCUCACUUGCUCAACCUGUUACUGAAGGAAGGGUUAAAGAACGAAAAAGAAAAAUACACAGAGGACUAGAAGGGAGACAAGUGGGAGAGAAAGAGACCUUAAAGAUGUCUGUCUGACUGAGGGAAAUGGACACAGAUAAAUCCAGUAAUCCAUCAAAAGGACCGGAACUGAGCAAUAUCAUGGCCCCAGAGGAAACUGCCCUCGGUGACAAGCGGGAGGAAGAGAAAGAGGCAGACGUCGUUCCUGGUGGAAUUAUUGCAGUACCACCAGUCAGCCAGCGGAGGGCACAAGAGAAACACAGAUACUACACUAUAGGCCACCAGAAAAAGAAGCAGAGGUCAGCUGUGGACUUUUCUACCAUGAGCAAGGGAACAUCUGCCGUUGUGAAGACCAGAGGUGCAUUAAAGCAGGCGCUUUUCAGCCAGGGAGUGUCUGACAAAAACAGCACAUUGGAGGUGGAUGCACUGAAACAAGUUCUGGACUCUUUCAACAUGCCUGCUGAUCUGAGGUGGACGUGGGGAGAGGGAGGUACUGAAAGAGCACUGGAAAAGAGCUGGACAGACAUAGUGCACUCUCAUGAGUUUAUGUCAAAAACCCAACGACACCAACAGGAGGCGCUGUGGGAAUUUCUUAAUACUGAGCUUAACUUCAUCAACAAACUCACUAUUGUCAAAGAACUCGUGCUGGCAGCACUGUCACACUGUCAUGGACACGGAUUCCUUCAGGAAGUCAGACCCACAAUGCUCUUUUCCAAUCUUCCUUCUAUCCUUGACGCACAUCGACUCUUUUGGCAUGAAGUGAUGUAUCCAAUGUUACAAGAAGUCCGUCUCACUGGACGACCCUUUGACCCUCUGAAACUUGAGGCUGGAUGUUUGCAGUUUCCAGAGCGCUUUCCUGCAUACUUUGAAUACUGUUGGGAAGGAGAGAGAAAUGUGGAGUUUGCACGCAGACAGCUUGACACAAACCCACACUUUCACACCUAUCUUAUGUGGGUGGAGAAUCAUCCACAGUGUGGGCGAAUGAGACUCGGCGAAAUGCAGGCCAAAGCAUACCAGAGAAUAACCAAAUAUCAUCUUUUGCUAAAAGCUAUUCAGAAGAACACACAAAACCACCCCACCCAAAUCGCACUUGAGAGAAUGUUGAACAGUGUCAAUCAUUUUCUGGAAUCUAUCAAUGACUAUAUGCAUCUGAAAGAAGACCUUUCUGUUGCUGCUCAAAGGAUAGAGGGACACAAGAUAGAAGGUCUGAGUGAAGAAAUAGACAAGCAUGUCCGUGAGUUGUGCUGCUUUGAUUUGACGAGCCCGAUGAGGGGGGUUGGACCAAAUGUCAUACGGAGGCUAUUACUGGAAGAAACUUUGAAGGUCAGAGUAAGAAAGGACAACAAGGAGCUUGUGGUCCUGCUCUUCACUGAUGUGUUGUUGAUGACCAAAACACAGAGGAAAUCAGACAAACUGAAGGUAGUGCGCCCCCCUCUGCCUCUGGAGAGAAUACACUGCAUUCAGCUCAAAGAUGGCUAUUCGUUUGUGCUGGUGGAGGUUGGUGAUCUUGGUUGUUCUGUCAGUGUGAACUUCCUGUCCACACCCAGUCCAGACAACUGCGUGUCAUGGGUGUCUGCUCUGCGUGAGACGCAGGCAGCAUUAGAGUCUUUGAGGAGAAAUGAGACCAACAAAACCCUGAAGACCACAAGACAGGCAGAGCUAGUUGGAUCAGAGAGACCUCCCAUUCAGAAUAAACUGCCUGACAAAGUCAUAGAGGAUCCUGGUGGCCAGUCAGAUAGUGACAGAUCUGAUAGUGAUUUUGACCAAGCUGAGUGUCUAAACAGUUUAAAUUCUCAAAGACGCACUUCUGAGACAGAUGUGGAGACAGACGUGGAGCAAAGUAAAGUUCAACAGCCGGCAGAGGAUCAAAACUCUCCACGUGUCGGUCAUCGGAAUGAUCAGGGCAAAUCAUCUCAUGAAGAAGUUGUGGGAAAGACUGAUUCAGCUGGAUUUAAAACGAAUGAAGGGAGAAACAGGCAGUGGGAAGAGGAAGAGGUCCCAUUUAAAAUAAAUGAAAGGCGAGUUACAUGGAAACAUGAUACAUCUUCAAACUCUAAUGAAAUCACACAACAGGACUUACUUGUGAGAAAUGGACACUCGUUGUUGCCAGGUGGACAUGUGGACAAAAAUGCCACUUUUAGCCAAUCCAUGCCAAGCACUUCUUCAUCCAUCAAGCCUCUAGUAACUACACCGACAUGUAGGGCAAGUGUAGAAACAGAGAAACCACAUCUGGAUCCAUAUGAUGACUCUCAAGGAAUCAGGAAGAAUUCUUUGUGCAGCCAACCAGAAGAUGACAAUGGUUUCCUCACAGAAUCAGGGAGGUUCAUCAGGAACGUGAAGUCUCCUCGCUUACGGAAGAAGCAUCCGAAAAAUUUGCAACCAUCUAUCCACCCUGAUAGUUCCAAGGAAGCUGCGAAUGGAUUGGAGCUUCCUCCCAAUACAAACUCCAACGGGAACCAGAGAAGAGCAUCCAGAGUGCUAAAGCUGGGAUUUCUAAAAAACAACCAUGAAACAUUAUGGAACGUUCCUGAAAAGAGAUCCUCGCCAGAUCCUGAGACGCUCUCUGAACCUGAGCAGAAGCCUGAUGGGAACCGUCAAACAAAACCCAGACUAAAGACACAGAGGAGCGCCUCCAUCCAGGAGAUCAGCUCCUCUCGCAGACGCAGUCCCUCACCGCCACCAGACGCCGACCAGCUUCACCCUUCUCCGCUCCAGCACCUGCUGCAGAGGGCUAAGGAACGGGAAAAGGAACGUGCACGGGGAAAAAGAGUGGGAAAGACAAAAGAGAGGACUUCUUUUCUAAAAAAUUCUCCUACUAUCUCCGCCUCUCCAUCACCAUCGGCCAGUGAGGGAGAGAGAGAGGCAGAAGGAGAGAAAUCUGCAGGACCCCGUGUGAUAUCCACACACAGAUGGAUAGAGGGAAACGUGGAUGGAAGUGAGGAUGAGAAAGACGGAAAUGUCAUGGAGGGCGUCAGUGUUGACUGGCCAGGCUGGUGUUUUGACGAUGAGGAGGUUUUCGGUUUUGAGGACUUUGAUGCUGAAGACUGGUUUGAUCCAAAUCUGACCAUAAAUGAGCUUCGCAGGUCAGAGACGAAAAGAACAGAGCGGAAAGAUGACACUGAGUGCAGUGAGGUGUAG